AUGGUGAACUUAACAGUUGCGAACGUUUCCAAACGGCUUACAGAAGAAGUGAUUGAUAGAUGUUUUAAAAUUAAAACCAAUAGUAAAGACUCACCCAAAUCUAUUGUUGUAACAAAAGCUGCGCCAGCAGGCGAAGGGCUCAUUAGUGCUGUAUACAGGAUCCACGUCACAGGAUCUCACCACCAAACAUCGUUUGUGGCAAAGGGAUUAGUUAGCGACCGUCUUUUAAGGCGGAGUUUACGCUGUUCAAUUUUCUUCGAGAGAGAAGCCAUGUUCUUCUCACAAAUACUACCACAGUUCAAAGAAGUGCAAAAAUCAUCUGGAGCCAAGGAAAGUAUACAGAACAAUAUUCCCAUCUGCUAUGCCUAUCACAUAGGUGAUGAAGACGAUUACAUUCUCCUGGAAGAUUUAUCUGAAACUGCAUGUGAGUCAGUAGCAACGCCGACAAAAACAGAAAGAGAUUUAACAUUGCAGGCUUUAGCUCAUAUGCAUGCUGUUUCAAUUGCUCUUAGAACAAAAAGACCUAGGGUGUUCUUUGAAUUAGCAAGUAAAAUACCUGAAAUUUAUUACACAGAUAGUAAUCAAGCUUGGUAUGCUAAAUAUCUGCAAAACGCAAUUGAUAUCGACAAAAAUGUUAUAAGAGAAUUUGAAGACGAAUCAAGUAUUUACUUUAAGAAAUUUAUGAAUCUUGUGGAAAAUGAUUUUUAUAGACAAGUGAGAGAAUUAUUAGCAACUCCGAAGGACCAUCCAGUGAUGAACCACGGGGACGCUUGGCUACCAAACUUUAUGUGUUCCAAGAAGAGGGCCGUGGCGAUUGACUUUCAACUAUUCAGAUGUGCUUCGCUUGCUACGGACUUGAGUUUUUACCUUUGUCUUUGUGGUAACCUGUGCCUGAAUGAAAAAUACUUCUUUGAAGCAGUCAAGAUCUACUAUAAUUUUCUAGUGCAUUAUUUAGAAGACAUGGGUCUGAAUGCGAGUGAAAUAUUUUCAUGGGAAGACUUGUGGAUGGAGCUGAAGAUGUAUGGGAGAUUUGGUGUGUUGGCUGCUCUCACGACUAUACCGCUACUAGCAAGUCAGAGGUGUGAUGUGGGACUGCCGUUUGAAGACAAGUAUGGGGACGUGGAAAGAAUACCAUUAGAAGAUCUCUGGCGUUUGACUCCAAUUCGAGAUUUGGAUAAAAAAAAGGGACUCGUGAACGCUGUUCGCGUUGCGGUCGAUGUAGGUCUUAUUUAAACAGGUUUAUUUCUCUACAUUAACCAAUAAUAAAUAAUCAAUUAUGUGCUUAUAUUGUUUCAUAAUUCAAAUGUUAAUUCAGUAUUCUGACCAGCAAAGUCGAAACUAGCUUAAAUAAGACGAUUGUUGAACAAAGCCAUUGAGUGCUUCAAAAUUUAUAUUCCCAGUUAAAACUGUUCUAGAACAAGGCAAGAUUGCAUCGUGACGCUUCUAUUUCCGAAUCUUUUAGCAAUAAUCAAAAGCAAUUACCGAGUAGCGUAUCACGUAAUUCUUGUCUAACUUUUUGUUGCACCGUGUGUUAUCUAAAGUAUUCCCUGGCUGUUAACGGAACUGUAAUGCUAAAAGAUCGUUAAGUGCGCCUUGCGAACCGAUUUGUAUAAAAAUUGUACAUAAAAACACCUGUAUCUCUGAGAUAAGCCUUGAGAUGAGUCGACAGUUGCGGUGGAAUGUUUGACUCGUGACCGCCUGAGAGCCGAAAAGUAAUUAUCGCGGUUAUGUAGGAUGGUAGAGUUAGGGCCACUGUGCACUAGAGCGAGGGAGCGAAUACUACGCAAGCAUAAGUUUGCAAGCACACUUUGUUAUUAAAGGUAUCACUUUAUUUCACUAAAAUUGGGUAACGCGCAUUGAAUAUUCUACAUAGUAGAUACACGAUAGUAAUACACGAAGAUUCGUGGCAAUUUUUUUUAUUUUUCAUAGACGACAUCGAAACUAUUGGCUUGAUAGAUGAUUCAUUAUGGGUACGAAGUCCAACUUAACAGAAAUAUUGUAUCACAUCUCAAGUUCCAAUACUUCCAAUGUAACACUAACGUGUGUCAUGUUUCGCUCCAAAAUGAGCGCUCAACCGUAUGAAGUGGACUGACAUUUCGGUAUGUUCUGUAUGCUUUGAUGUUCUGACCGACUAGACAGUUUUUUCGUUCUGUGAUGCUGGCUAGUCGAACGCUACCUUUAUUUCCAAACUCCGUCGCUUCGUGUGUACUCAAUAGACACUAUUACACACAAAGGUAGGAUGAUUUGACUUUACUAAGAUUGAAUACUGGCUCGCCCCGUACACGAGCACUUCAGUAACCGUAUUACUUUAUAAAUGUUAUAAAGAAUUAAUUCUUAUUAAUAAAUUGUAAUUGGCUCAACCGUUUCGAAAUA